CUGCACCUUUACCUUCCUUCCUUCCUCCUCUGCAAUCAGCGGCAUUUCUCUCCUGCAGGCUGUGCAACCCUCCAUGCUGACAGAGAGAGUCCCUGUCGGCCUGAUGUCGUCGGUUGUAGCCCCGGAGAAGCCCGCCUCCAACACAAUGGGCCCUAAAGAGGUGGAGCUAAUCCUGGUGAAGGAGCAGAAUGGGGUUCAGUUCACCUCGACCACCAUCGUGGCUCCGACUCCUGCUCAGACUCACCCCAGUGGGGAGGACGAGAGGGAGACCUGGGGGAAGAAAAUUGACUUCCUCCUGUCUGUGAUCGGAUUCGCGGUGGACCUCGCCAACGUCUGGAGAUUCCCCUACCUCUGCUAUAAGAAUGGAGGAGGUGCGUUCCUGGUGCCGUACCUGUUCUUCAUGGUGAUAUUAGGCAUGCCUCUCUUCUACAUGGAGCUGGCUCUGGGACAGUAUAACAGAGAGGGGGCAGCAGGCGUCUGGAAGAUCUGCCCCAUAUUUAAAGGUGUAGGCUUUACAGUGAUCCUUAUUUCCCUCUAUGUGGGUUUCUACUAUAAUGUCAUCAUCUCCUGGGCGCUGUUCUACCUCUUUUCCUCAUUCACCGGCGAGCUGCCGUGGGUCCACUGCAACAACACCUGGAACAGUCCUAACUGCUCCGACUGGGCUGACAACACCACAGGCAGCGACAUUUACAAGGCCACCCCUGCUCAGGAGUACUUUGAACGAGGGGUGCUCCACAUCCAGGACAGUAAUGGUAUCGAUGACCUGGGCCGUCCACGCUGGCAGUUGACUUCCUGUCUAGCUGUAGUGAUGGUUUUGCUCUACUUCAGCCUCUGGAAGGGUGUCAAGACUUCUGGCAAGGUUGUGUGGAUCACAGCCACGAUGCCCUAUGUUGUCUUGACUGUGCUGCUGAUCCGCGGAGUCACUCUGCCCGGAGCCAUCGAUGGCAUUAAGGCCUACCUCUCCGUGGACUUCCUGAGACUCUGUGACGCCAAGGUCUGGAUCGACGCUGCGACACAGAUCUGUUUCUCUCUGGGAGUGGGGUUUGGUGUGCUAAUUGCCUUUUCCAGCUACAACAAAUUCAGCAACAACUGUUACAGAGACGCCAUCAUCACCAGCUCCAUCAACUGUUUGACCAGUUUCUUCUCCGGGUUUGUGGUCUUCUCCUUCCUUGGGUACAUGUCCCACAAGCACAACGUAGCCCUGGACAAAGUUGCCAGAGACGGUGCUGGUUUGGUGUUUGUGAUUUACCCAGAAGCCAUUGCAACAUUACCUGGUUCAUCCGUGUGGGCGGUUAUCUUCUUCAUCAUGCUGUUGACACUUGGCAUUGACAGUGCUAUGGGUGGGAUGGAAUCGGUGAUCACGGGGCUGAUUGAUGAGUUUAAAUUCCUCCACAAGCACAGAGAGCUGUUUACCCUCUUCAUCGUUGUUGCCACCUUCCUCAUAUCCCUCUUCUGUGUUACAAAUGGUGGGAUGUAUGUGUUCACACUGCUGGACCACUUUGCGGCAGGAACAUCGAUUCUCUUUGGAGUGCUUAUUGAAGCCAUCGGCAUUUCAUGGUUUUAUGGAGUGGACCGAUUCAGUGAUGACAUUGAGGAGAUGAUUGGCCAGCGACCAGGCAGGUACUGGAGGCUUUGCUGGAAGUUUGUCAGCCCCUGCUUCCUCCUGUUUGUGGUGGUGGUGAGCUUUGCCACGUUCAACCCUCCAAACUACGGCACCUACUUCUUUCCUCCGUGGGCUAACCUGGUUGGAUGGUGUCUCGCCCUUUCCUCAAUGUCCAUGGUGCCUCUCUACGCCAUGUACAAACUCUGCAUACUGCCUGGAAAGUUUUGCGACAGACUGGCUUACGCCAUCACCCCAGAGACAGAGCAUCAUUUGGUAGACAACGGGGAGGUUCGGCAGUUUACACUGCAUCACUGGUUGGUGGUCUGAAAAGUACAGGGAGAGAGAGAGAAAGAGAGAGAUAAAGAGAGUGAAAGAGUGAGAGAGAGAAUAUGAGAGUAUGGACAUUGGGUGGAUGAAUGCAUGCACAGCAAAGGUCUGAAAAACUAAGAAGAAGAAAGAAAUAGCCAUUCAAAUCGAUGAUGACGAUGGUGGUGGUGGUGGUAGGAGCAGUUUAAAAGUGCCGAUAAAAAACCCAUAGACAUUGUAGUGUGCUUUAAUUUCAACAGUGGGUGUGUGAAGCUGUGCAUUGACCCCGUCCACCAUUGUGUUGACACUGGUGAAUGGGAUUCAGUCAAACACGCAAUGUGGUGUUCCGAUUGCUUCUUCCAUUAAUACAAAACUCUUCCUGAAUGGAAUUGGAAUGGGAUUUCAUUUGACAUAAGAUGCACAAUAAAAAUAGUACAUAUUUUGUCUAUGUUUAUGGGGUGAAGAUGUUGAGUUAGUCACAACAUCUGGAAGAGUUUAUUGGAUUGUUUUUGGAAAUCAAUUUUUUUUAAAGAUAAUGUAAACUUAUUCUAUAUUUUCUCAGUCAAUUAUUGUCAAGCAGUAGGUGUCAUUUUUUUGUAGUUAUUUUUCAAUUUGUCAUUCUGGAUCAAAACAAUUAACAAUAUACAUACAAAUGAUUGACAUUUGUAUUUGAUAUUUGACAAAAAAAAUUAGCAGUCAGACAUGUAAUGGAUGCCACAGGUUUCACUGAAUUCCAGUCCAUGUCUUGUUUGUUAUAUAUAUUUAUUUAUUUAUUUACCUUCUCUUUUUAAAGACUGUUAUAAUACACACAAUUCCUACAGACUUUGAGAAAAAGGAACCUCCUUGUGUUUACAUCAAAAUCAAUACCAGUUGCUACAUCAAUAGACCAAAAUAACACAAUUUAAAUAAACUUAAAACAAUGUCUGAUUUCUCCAUAAAUAGUAUAAUAGUCACAUUGGAUGGACCAAUAAAAACUCAAUCGUACCAAGUAUUGGUGUCAAGUGUUGGUUUAUGGUAACACAGUCAUUCCAUCACAUGGGUGAAUAUAUUCUAAAAACAUAAAUAACUUAGUUUAAACAGCUGUCCCGAAGCCCAAUCAGCCUAAAAAUAAGUGAACAAACACUUUUCUGUUCUAAACUUCUCAACCUACAAAUAAUUGUCACUGACACACUGACAAAAAUAACAUCAGCCACACUGCUGAUUUCAUCAACCAAAGAAAACAAUAAUUUUCUUUAAUUUUAAUCAAUAGACCACUUGAUUGUUAACUUUAUCGUACCGGGUCAAUCUCUCUUCCCCAUGUUAACAAAUUAGUGCCAAUGCACAUUUCAUUUUAGUUUAGUUGAACAUUAGUUGUGUGUUUUGAUCCCCACAAAGUUCCAGGUGGUGAUUUGAAAGCUAUGACUGUCACAUUUCCAGAAAGCAUAAAGCUUUAAUUUCACCGUUUACAGAAUCAUAUUAAGUGUUUCAAGACUGUUUAAAAGCUGCUUUUUAUUGAACUGCAAAUGAAUAGUGUGUAAUGUAAUAUAUGACGUAAUUUAAGUUAUAUAUCUGUGUAAGUAAAUGUAAUGUAGAGGGGCUUGUAUUGUAUUGUAUUGUAUGAUAUUGAAUAACAAGACCAACAAGAUUAUAUAUAUAUGGAUUAUUGCUUUGUUACUGUGAAGUUGAUACAUGUUAGCCUUAAGGAUCUUGAUGAGAAUUAUCCAUAUCCAUAAAAAAAUCCAUAUAAACUUUCUUCUCAUGAACUUUUUCUGUUAAAUCGGAGACCAUAAAACAUUUUUCAAACGGGUCAGCGAUGACUUGUUGUCACCUUGUGGUACAUGUAACACAGUGAAGGGUUAAUUAUGUCCCAAAUUGUAUGCCUGUGCUGCUGUACUGUGCCUUGUGGUGUUUCUGACUGUAUGACUUUGUUUUGUACUGUCGAAUAAAGUCUAAUUAAUUAAAUUGUUACAUUUAAAAGGUC